AUGAGUGAAAACAAUGAAAAUUUCAUUCGUCUCAAAAUUCCAAUCUGUGUGUCACCACAAAAAUGUUUUGAUUUAGGUUCAAUACAAGUAGAUCAAAUGUAUAGUAUUCCUAUAACAUUAAGAUGUGAAUUAAGCAAUAUAGAAAUUAAAUUUGAAGCUAUUGAAAGUGAAGAAAAAAGUACUAAGAUUGAACCAAUAAGAACACUUAGAAUUAGAAAAUUACCAGCAGAAAAUAAAGUAAUUAUAAAACUUACACCAAUAUAUCCUACUGUAGAAACAAUUAUUCGAAUUAGAAUUAUUGUCUCUCCUUUAAAAACAGUUAAAUCCGAAUCACUGUUACAAAAUGUAAUAUCAGAUGAAAUAACUAUCAGGUAUAAAACUCAAGUAUCUAACUGGAUAAAUCCACAACAAGCGUCAAUUGAACUUAUUGAAAAAAUAGGAGAAGGAAAAGAGGGUAAAAUUUUUAGAGGAAAAUAUAAUGGUGAAGAAGUUGCAAUUAAAAAAGCACUAAUGGCUGAUGGAAGAAAAGAAAAUGAAUUAUUUGCAUUUCUUAAAAAUGAUUAUAUUAUUAAAUAUAUUUGUUCAUAUAGAGAUGAGUCAUUACAAGCACCAACAGUUAAUAUUGUUAUGGAACUUGCUCCAUUUGGUUGUUUACUUUCUAAAUACAGAGAAAUAAGUGAAGAGGUAUUAUUAAAAAUAUCUGAAGAUGUAGCAAAAGCCAUACGUUAUCUUCAUGUAGAGAAACAUAUUAUUCAUCGAGAUGUUAAACCACAAAAUAUACUUUUAUUUAAUUGGACAGAUAUUGUCAAAAUUAAUGCUAAACUAACUGAUUUUGGGAUUAGUAGAAUUAUUGAUUCAGGUGGAUUACAUACAGGAAUGUUAGGAACUCAAAAUUUUACAGCACCAGAAGUUAUUAGAAAUGAAAGAUAUUCAUAUCCAUGUGAUAUUUAUAGUUUAGGAAUGACAAUGUAUUUUUCAUUUACUAAGAUUGAUCCUUAUGAUGAAAGUAUUUCUAAAGUUAUGUCACAUGGAAAUUCUAUUCCAAAACACCCAUUAAUAGUUGAUAAUAUUUGGAGUUUAAUUACUUCAUGUUGUGAAUUAGAUCAAAACAAACGACCAAAUAUUGAAACAUGUUUAGAACAUAUUGAACAAAUUAGAAAAGAAUAUAAAAUAUUAUCAUCUAAUAAAGUAGUUGAAAUUGAACAAAAAGAAGUAUAUUUUUCACUUGGAAAACCAUUUGAUUUAUUAGAAUCAGUUAUUAAAGUUGUUGAAUCAAUUAAUAAGUAUGACACACAAAAUCAAAUGAUUUUAGCAUAUUUAAAAUUAAAAAAUCAUACUGAUAUUGAAGAAGCAAUUAAAAUAUUAGAAAAUGAUAAAAUAACAAUUGACAACCAUGGAGAUAAAGAAUAUUUAUUAGGUGAUUAUUAUUUUAAAUCAAAUGAUAAAAAUGUUAUUAGAAAGGGAAGAGAUCUUUUAAUUAAAGCAGCAAGUAAAAAUCAACCACAAGCAAUUAUGUUUCUUGUAGACCAACUUAAAGAUAUUGCAAAUCAAAAAAUAUUAAUUAUUGAUGAUAAAAAAAAUGAAUCUGAUCAUUUUGAAGAAUUUAUGCAAAAAGUAUGUAGAGUUGUACCAACAAAAAUUCCAUUACAAGUUUCAAAAGGAAAAGUAUUAAGAAUGGAAAAUAAUGAAAAAUAUAUGGUUUCUCCUGAAUGUGUUAUUAAAAUGUUUGCUUCAUUAAAAUCAAUUUUUCCUAUAUGCAAAUUUCAAUAUGCAAUUGCACAGUUAUUAGGAAUUGGAACUCCAAAAAAUAUUACUAAUGCUGAUAUUCUUUUUGUUCAAUUACAAAAAAUUAAUUGUGAAGAAGCUUUAUUUUAUGAAGCGUUAUGUCAAUUAACACCUCACCAUACACAAGAACAACAUAAAACAACAUUUCAAAUAUUAUCUGAUUAUUUACUUAAUUCAAAACACUGUGAAUUAAAACCAGAUGUAUUAAAUAAUCAAGCAGUUUUUUUAUUUAAAGGAUGGGGAAGAAGUUUAGAUAAACGACAAUCAUUUAAAAUGUUUUCAGAAGCAAAAAAAUUGGGAAAUAUUGAAGCUCUUUAUAAUUUAUCAUAUUGUUUAUUACAUGGAGAAGGUUGUGAAGGAACAGAAAAAGAAAAGAAAACUGCAAUUAAAUUAUUAUUAAAAGCAGCAAAAAAAGGAUAUAUUCCUUCACAACUAUUACUUGGUAAUUGUUAUUUUAAUGGAAUUGGAACAUUAAAAGAUGAAAAAUCUGCUGUUUAUUGGUAUACUAAAGCUGCAUUACAAAAUAAUUCAACUGCAAUAAAUAAUCUUGGAAGUUGUUUUUAUAAAGGAAAUGGAGUAGAAAAGAAUGACCAAUUUGCUUUUCAUUUGUUUUUAUUUGCUACACAAAUGGGGAAUCAAAAAGCACAAAUAAAUUUAGCUUUAUGUUACUUAUGGGGGUGUGGUGUUAAGAAAAGUAUUGAUGAUGCAAAAAAGUGUUAUGAAAUUGCUUCAUUAAAUAGUAAUUCUGAAGCUCAAUCAAAAUAUGCUCAAUUACUUCUUGAUGAAUACCGUCAUACAAAAAAUGAAGAAACCCUUAAUGAAGCAUUAAACAUGCUUGAUAAAGCAUCAAAAAAUGGGAAUGCAGAUGCUAUGUAUAAUUAUGGAUUGUGCUUUUAUAAAGGAUUUGGUCAUUUAAAGAAAAACCAAAUUAAAGCAUUUGAUUUAUUUAAAGCAGCAGCAUUUAAGAAACAUCCUGACUCAUUGUAUAUUCUUGGAGUAAUGUAUUAUAAAGGAAAAUAUGUAUUUGAAGAUAAAACUUUAGCAAUGGAAUAUAUAACUAAAGCAGCUGAGUUACAUAAUCAUAGAGCAUUAUUUCAUAUUGGAAUGUGCUUCUUUAAUGGAAUUGGUAAACCUCUAGAUGUAGAUAAAGCAAUGGAAUUUUUUGAUGAAGCUGCAAAGUAUGGAUCAAUUCAAGCAGAAUUAAAAAUUGCAGGAAUCUUAUUGCAUGGAUCAGAAAAAAUUCAAGCAGACAAACCAAAAGCAAUUCGUAUUUAUGAAUCGUUGGCUAAAAAAAGAGUUGGAGAAGCUUAUUAUAUGUUAGGUGAAUGUUCAUUAAAUGGAGAUGGAGUUCAAAAAGAUGUAGGCAAAGCAAGAAAUUUAUUUCAAAUGGCAAGUUUGUAUGAUUGUCCUAUGGCAUCAGAGCGAUUGGUGUUAUUGGAUCAUAAUAUCUUCUAA